AUGGCCGAUUUGGCGUAUUUGGCCUGCGAAUGGAACGCAAAAACCGCCGGUUACCAGAGCCAACUUCACCGCUACAUCGAAGACUGCUUUUACAGAGCCAGUUUGAAGGGCCGUCGAACACUAUGCAAAGAGUUCCGGCCUUCAGACCCAAUUCGGUCAGCGGUUAAGCUGCCACUCAUAAUCGCAGAAGUGGGCAUCAAAGUAGCUCCGAAGAUGAUGGGUCGCCUGAUAUCCAUGACUACAACCAACAUUUCUACUCUGAGCAUCAUUGAAGCUACAGGCAUCACCAGUGUCACAGCUGUCGAUAGCAUCAAUGAUUUCAAGUCGCGAUCUCAGUACAUUGGCACACCCAAGACAGUCACUACCGGUAAGGGCGAUGCGGGCGUAAUUGUCGAUACUGAGACCAAGGUCUACGGGACCGAAAUUCUUUCCAUUGUCAAUGCUUCCAUCUGCCUUGAUCCUUCUAUGGGUAAAAAUCAGGCCAUUGUCGUGGUUGCUGCCGAGGCUGCGCCAGCCGCAUUCUUGCCAUUGGCGGAAGUGCAUCUCCUACCGGUAACGAAACCUCCCCAGUUAUCUCUCCAGCAACCAGCAUUGAAUGUUCAAACAUACGGGUACUGGAUCGCCUACCGGUAUCAUUCCUACUACUGUGCCUGUCAAAUUCGCUUCGUCUAUUGCUUCUUCCCCCGCAUCUUCGGCCAUACAGGCAUACAGUCACUGCGGCGGCCAGGGCUGGGCCGGCGCUUCUCAAUGCACCGAGGGCUGGAAGCACGUCAAGCAGAACGAGUUCUACUGCACUUCCAGUAUCUGGAGAACAGCCAAUCAAGCCGCGAUCGCUUGGCGCCAGUUGCACGCACUACUGACAAGUCGGCGUGA